AUGCGCUGCUUGUGAGUUAGCAGAUUUGAGGUUGUCACAGUAUUGUUUGAAAGGAAUGGAAAGUAAGAUCGUUCAUUCCCCGAUUACAGUUGAAUAAUCGCCAUCAAAAGUGACGCCUCAGUUUUUAUUUAUUAAAUCUUGGAACCGAAGCGAAAAGAAAAAUGGAUAGGCUUUUGAGGUUAGGUAGUGGUAUGCCAGGUCUGAAUCAGGGUCCUCCGCCUUCCGAUGGGCCUGUAGUGGAUACUGCAGAACAGGUUUAUAUCUCUUCGUUAGCUUUGCUGAAGAUGUUAAAGCAUGGUCGAGCUGGAGUUCCGAUGGAAGUGAUGGGAUUGAUGCUUGGAGAAUUUGUUGAUGACUAUACCGUGAGGGUUAUCGACGUCUUUGCUAUGCCUCAAACAGGGACUGGUGUGAGUGUAGAAGCUGUUGAUCCAGUAUUUCAAGCAAAAAUGUUAGACAUGCUGAAACAGACUGGAAGACCAGAAAUGGUUGUUGGAUGGUAUCAUUCACAUCCUGGAUUUGGUUGUUGGCUUUCUGGUGUUGAUAUUAAUACGCAGCAAUCGUUUGAAGCACUUAGCGAAAGAGCAGUGGCUGUUGUUAUUGAUCCGAUUCAGUCCGUUAAAGGAAAAGUAGUCAUCGAUGCAUUUAGAUUAAUCAAUCCUAAUAUGAUGGUUCUAGGCCAAGAACCCAGACAAACUACCUCAAAUUUAGGUCAUUUGCAAAAACCAUCUGUUCAAGCACUGAUUCAUGGGUUGAAUCGUCAUUAUUACAGUAUUAGUAUUAAUUACCGUAAAAAUGAACUUGAACAAAAAAUGCUCCUGAACUUGCACAAAAAGACAUGGAUGGAUGGUCUUACUCUUGCCGAAUACUCAGAACAUAGCAGAUUAAAUGAAAGCACUGUCUCAGAUAUGCUUGAACUUGCUAAAAACUACAACAAGGCAUUGGAAGAUGAGGAAAAGAUGACACCUGAACAAUUGGCAAUUAAAAAUGUUGGUAAGCAAGAUCCCAAACGGCAUCUCGAAGAAAAGGUUGAUACUCUAAUGACCACAAAUAUUGUACAGUGUCUUGGUGCUAUGCUCGAUACUGUCAUUUUCAAAUAACUAUUUCGUAAUUUACUAAUUGCAAUAUAAUUAACACGACAAAAAUACACGACUUUAUAAAAUAAAACCGUUUUACAGAUUUUUCUUGA